AUGUGCAAGAUUACAAACUACUAAAAUGAUUUAUACAUGUAACUAAAUAAACUGCAUACCAAAAGUGUAAAGACCAGCCAAUAUAAUUUUAAGACAUUGGCUAGCCAUAAUAUGCGUAUCGCGGGCCAUUAGCUCCCUAGUAAAAAUAAAACUCCCAUAUUAAUUUUCCAUUUCAAUCACAUGCAAAACAUAAAAUCUCAGCCGUAUGAUCAUUUAUUCAUCUCCACAAACUCUCCCAUACCAUCACGUAAUUAUAAAUAUAAACCGUUAAAGAGAGAGAAAGUUGAAAAAAAUUCAAAUUAUUUUCAGAGGCCCGCCAUUUUCAGAGGAGAGAGAAAAUUACAAAAAAAGAAAACGAAAAUGGAAGAUUUUCCAACUGAACUCGAACUGACAGCUGCUUCUGCUCUUCUCCUUCUCUCCACCAAUUUCUCUCUCCCAAAAGAGGAAUCUGUGAAGGAUUUUGAGAGAAAUUUAUGUGGGAAAUCUGUUGAAGUUGAAGAAGCGACGAUUAGCUUGGAGAAGAGUAGUGAUACGACGCCAUGUCGAUCUUCGCUGACGAGCGAUUACUCUGUUUCGACUCAUCGCUUGCAGCUCAUGGCUUCUGCUGUUGCUCGAUACCGUUCGAUGAAGCUUAAGAAAAUGGUAGUGAAUGAUUUAAUUUUUGGUCAACAGGUAGCUCGGAGAGCUAGGACUAAAGUAAUUUACAGGGGAUACAAUGACCAAAAAUCCGCACCAAAAAGUUGGGCAAAACCACAAGCAAAGACCCCAAACAAGGCAUCAACCUCUCAAGUAAUCACAGAAGGCACCACUACCACUACCACAGAGAGCUCAUGCUUGUCGAGCGGCGGUACGAGCGAGAUAUCCAGCGGAAGGAAUCGAGGAAAGGCGGCGGCAGCCGCCGUGGUGGCCGAGCAGAAGAGAAGAAGAGGUACAGGACCAACUUACAUAAGCCGCAGAGCAGAAGCAAUUCUAAGGUUAUUGUCAUGUAAGGGGUGUGCUUCUGAGGUCCGCAUUAGGCAACUUCUUGGUGAUAGCCCUGACACCAGUAAAGCUCUCAGAAUGUUGUUGAGAAUGGAAGAAGUUAAGCGAAGUGGGGCAGGAGGCCGGAUUGACCCGUUUAUUUACAAGGUAAUUUUCUUUAAUCCUACACCUCUUGUUAAUUAUGUGGGACAAAAUACAAGUAAAUUAUAUCAACAUUAAACUGUAAAAUGAAUUGAAAAAGGAUUUUGGGUGAUAUCGAUGACUAAAGAUAAGGACAUGAAUUAAUGGUCAAAUAAUGGGAAGAGAAUUUAUAAAUGGGGUUUUAAGUAAAAAACUCCGUACUUUGUAUCGUAUUGUAUUACAAAAUAUGGAGGGAGUACUUCUAUGUAGUUUAAUUUAUUUAAUAAAUUCAGAAAAGAAAAUAGAACUUUAUUGUGCUAUACUACAAGUUGACUUCACAUUUAAAAAGGAAAAAAAAAUAAAAAAAUUAGAUUGUAUGACUAGUUUAUGUUGGAGUGGGACGUUACUAUUAAGCAUCUACAGUAGCAUUACCUGGCUAAUUUGUCUAUUCUAGUAUAAUAAUAUUGGC